GACCUGAGGCUCACACACACCCUCGCCGAUGCGGACGAUUGGAUCAAAUCCGUGGCCUGGGCGCCCGACGGCCGCCUCGCGGCGGGGGGUGAUGACCACAAAGUCCGAGUUUAUGACGAGGACCUGAGGCUCACACACACCCUCGCCGAUGCGGACGUGUGGAUCAGGUCCGUGGCCUGGGCGCCCGACGGCCGCCUCGCGGCGGGGAGUCGUGACCACAAAGUCCGAGUUUAUGACAAGGACCUGAGGCUCACACACACCCUCGCCGAUGCGGACUAUGGGAUCAGGUCCGUGGCCUGGGCGCCCGACGGCCGCCUCGCGGCGGGGGGUUUUGACAACAAAGUCCGAGUUUAUGACGAGGACCUGAGGCUCACACACACCCUCGCCGAUGCGGACGGUUGGAUCAAAUCCGUGGCCUGGGCGCCCGACGGCCGCCUCGCGGCGGGGGGUGCUGACAAGAAAGUCCGAGUUUAUGACGAGGACCUGAGGCUCACACACACCCUCGCCGAUGCGGACUAUGGGAUCAGGUCCGUGGCCUGGGCGCCCGACGGCCGCCUCGCGGCGGGGGGUAAUGACCAAAAAGUCCGAGUUUAUGACGAG